AUGAUCCAGGAUCUCCUGAACGUUAUCAAUAGUCCAAAUCCAAAUUUGAUGGACUUAUCCUUCACCGUGAAUCCUCUUUCCCCUCUUCCUCCUCCUCCUCCUACACCAACGACGGAGAAUAUUGACGAAACAGGGUUGAUGCAGGAACUCUCCCUCUCAUUCUCGAACUGCGACACCAACGAGUUUCUUAGUCCGCCUUUGCAAGAUGAUUCUACACCCUCUUGGGACAUGGGCCUGUUCGAUAUACCAAGCGAUGACCUCGACGCCAUCAUCAACUAUAAUGUCCUAGAACAGAUUGGUAACGAUAAUGGUAACAAUGUCGUUGAAACUGGUAGACUUGAACCGAGUACUCGAGUUUUUGCGGAAAACGGUACGAACUUUGAAACUGGUGGUUCAUCAGCGACGCCUGUCCCGGCGAUUACACCGAUAACAUCCGGAGGGGUCCUCGUAUGCAAUUGUUGCAACCUGCUUCGACGAGUAUACCAUUCUAAUGGUCAGGAGAUGUUGAGAUUUGAUAUCUUUGGAGGGAUUGGGUAUUUCUGCCAUGCGGUUCUCGAGACUCGACGAUUAGAUGGUUCUAACGAAUCUACACAUUUAACAUAUCAUUUGACGGAUUUAACCAUGGAGGAAGUGAGGUUGUUUCUAGAAGAUUAUUUCUCGGCGAGAGAAGCAAGCGGUUACGUCAUUACGUCAGACACCGAUACUGAUUUCUUCCAAGCGAUGAACGCUUGCUUCUGCAAUAACCAGUCCUUUAUGUCGACGUUGCCACCGCGCGAUGAUGUUCCAAUGUCUUUGGCUAUGCCUGAUGAAACGCUUAAUGUUCCACAUGUGCCGCAAUAUGUUGGAUUGAGAGAUGAACCUCCUGUUCCCAAAAAAAAGCAGAGGAGACGAACCGCUCUCGCUGUGCAGGAUAAGUGUUUUGAUAAAAACAUGCUCCUUGUGCCACAAGUUUCCUUUUGCCACGUGAGGGAGAGGACCGGCAAGCUUACGCUGAAAGAUAUCAGUAUGCAUUUUCAUCUUCCGAUCGAACAAGCUGCUCGAAAAAUGAGUCUUUGUCCUACAGUUGUCAAGAAGAUAUGCCGUAGGGGAGGGUUAUAUCGCUGGCCACACCGCAAAAUCAAAAGUCUUCUGAAGAAAAUCGAGUUAUUGAAGAGUGUACUAUCCUCGGCAACGGAUGAUAAAGGGAGGGAGCAUGCUGAACAACAGAUUGAAAAACUUGAGCAGAAAAUCGCAGAGAUAUGCAGCGAAAUCCUCAAGAACUUUAAAACACUUCAAUCAACCUUGUACUGGCUAAGAAAAAAAAAGUCGCCUUUUGUGUGUGUGUAA